GGAAGACAACGAAAAGAUGAGGGCCGGUGGACUGGCCUGCGCUUUGCUUCUCCUCGCCUCCGGGGCAUCCCACGCCCUGCCCCAGUACGGCGGCGCGGGCGUCCAGCAGCAGCAGCAGGAGGGCCAGGUGGGUCAGCAGCAACAGCAGCAGGAGGAGGGGGGGUUCUGGUGGCAGGAUAAGGGCGUCUUUGAGAGUCAGGGCGCCGUCGUAGGAGGGACGUCAGCCACCUCGGGAGGAUUCACGCCGACGCAGUCCAGCGAUUGCGCUCUGGCACACGGGUGCGUGCCGUGGCAAUACUGCCUCAACGGGGUGUACAAGUUCAACCCGAGUGUCAACCUCGACGUCCGCUCGCCAGCCAAGGUUCCCGAACACGUAUCUCAAACAUUGUGCGGACAAAUCGGCAACGUCUGCUGUCCCAUUCCCGAAGACAUCCUUCUGCAGCAGCAGCUGGCACAGGCGGGCGUAGGCGGUGGCGUCGUCGCUGGGGUCCCUGGCGCUGGGGUCCACGCCGAGCAGACUAGUGCUGGCGGCGUCGGCGUUGGGGCCUCCGGCUCUGGGGUCCACGCGGGGCAGACUAGCGCCGGCGGUGCUGGGGGCUACGGUGGCUCAGGAGGCAUCAUCAGCGGUUCUGUGAGCGGCGGGGGCGGCGGGGGCGUCGUCGGCGGCGGACUUGAGCAGACCAGCGGCGGCGGGCAUGGGCAGACCGGUGCCCUUUCGAGCCAGUGCGCCGUUGGAUUCGACUGCGUGCCCAAAUUCCAGUGCGAGGGCGGCGAUAUCAACACCUCCGGAAUCGGCCUCAUCAACAUUCGCUCCAAAUUGGUCAAGUGCUCCAACCCCGAUUACCCGACCGUGGAGGCCGUCUGCUGCAAGAUCCCCGGCGCCAGCGAGCCCAACAUCCUCACGUGCCCCGCCCCCGAGGAGUGCGUGCCCUACGGACUCUGCAAGGAAGACGGCAGCAUCAACACGGACGGCUCAGGAAUCCUUGAUGUUAGGAUCAAUACGCCGUGCCACCUGGGACUCCGUGAGCUACGAGAAGGGCGUGUGCUGCCGCCCGCCGGGCCCGGAGCCGCUGGAAUCGUGCCCCGGGGGCCUCGUGUGCAAGCUCGAGGGCCAGUGCGCGACACCUGGAGCUGUCGCCGACGAUGGGACCUACACGGUGAGGAUGCUGGGCCCUUGGCAUGCUACACUGGCUCCGGAGCGACGGGCAUCUGCUGCGAGCCCCUGGACGUGUGCCCUGGUGACCUCCCGUGCAAGGCCGAGGGUGAGUGCAGCUCCCCGGCCGCCAUCAACUCCGACGGGUCAUCCGAGGUUUGCUACAUCCCGGGCGGUUACGGAGGCACAGGCGUCUGCUGCGAACCCCCCGCCCCCCUGCAGACGUGCCCCGGGAAGCUCCAGUGCAAGUCGCAAGGGCAGUGCGGCGAACCGGGAGCUCUCAACGUCGAUGGAUCCUACACGACAUGCUAUGUAGGAGGCGGAACUGAUGUGGGAAUCUGCUGUGAGCCCCCUGCCCCCCUGCAGACCUGCCCCGGGGACCUCCGGUGCAAGUUGCAAGGCCAGUGCAAUGUUCCAGGAGCACUCAAUGCCGAUGGAUCAUACACGACGUGCUUCGUGGGCGGCGGAGGAAGCGACGUAGGCAUCUGCUGUGAGCCUCCUCCUGCCGUCGACGUCUGCCCUGGAGCCCUGGUCUGCACCGACCAGUGCGACGCCCCCGCCGCCAUCAACGCCGACGGCUCGUACACUCUCUGCAACAAGCCUAACGGCAGCGGCAUCGGUACCUGCUGCGAACCGCCCGUCAGGGUGGUGGACGUGUGCCCUGCGGACUCCGUCUGCCUUCCGGAGGUGCUGUGCCAAGGCGAGUUCCUCAAUCAGGACGACGUGUUCGUCUCCUACGAAACGGGGGUCACCUGGACCAAGUGUCCCCUCAGCGGCAACCUCGACACCCCCGGAAUCUGCUGCAGGAACGCGAAGCCUGUCUCGUACCCGACAGCGGACACAUGCGGCGUGAGGAACUACGCACUGGACACACGCAUCAAGAGCCCCCUGGCGAAGAACGAGGCGGUGUUCGGCGAGUUCCCGUGGCAGGGCAUCAUCUUCUUUACCAACUACACGUAUAAGUGCGGGGCGUCGCUAGUGGACGAGCAGCACCUGAUCACGGGCGCGCACUGCGUGGCGGGCCUGAAGCCCGACCAGAUCCAGGUGCGGUGGGCGAGUGGCAGGUCAACACGUACGACGAGCCACUCAAGUACGUGGACGCUCCCGUGGCUGCCAUCGACGUGCACCCCGACUUCAAGGGCGUCCCUCCACAACGACAUCGCCCUCAUCACCCUCGCCUCCCCCGUCGAGUUCCAGUUCCAUAUCAACAGCGUGUGCGUCCCCAAUGAGCAGCAGGUCUUCGGCGACACCUACUGCUUCGCGACGGGCUGGGGCAAGGACGCCUUCAACGGCUCCUACCAGGUGAUCCUGAAGCAGGUCGACCUUCCGCUGGUAGACAACUACGCCUGCCAGGAGAAGCUUCGCAAGACCCGCCUCGGAAAGUACUUCAUCCUCGACAAGUCCUUCGUCUGCGCCGGCGGGGAGGAGGGCAAGGACGCCUGCACAGGAGAUGGAGGCGGCCCCCUUGUUUGCAAGGACGCCGCCAGCGGCCUGUAUUUCCUGAAGGGCAUCACCGCUUGGGGCAUUUCUUGCGGCGAGAAGGACGUGCCUGGCGUCUACGCUGACGUGCAGUACCUUCUGCCGUGGCUGAACUCCGUGUGGGGUCAGACGGCGCAGCAGGUGUCUGGGUACGGGAAGUAGGAGGCGCAAAGGGCCUCGCACGUAGCACUGUAGCAAAGCACUUCUCACUUUAGUGUUAAGAGACGCAUUUCCGUUACACUUGAAAUGUAAGCUGUGAUAUGAUAUUUUUUUCUAAUAAACAAAAGGCUUGUA